CUUUUAACUCUCCAUUCGGGAAGUUUCUAAGUGACAAUCAGUGGAAACGACUGUGUUUCAAACUUUUAGUGUCUUUUAAUCGGCUGUGUUUGGCUUCACUUUACAGUUAGGAGUUAAAGUAAUCAGUUAAAACGACCUGUGGUCACCGUGUUAAUUAAACUCGCUGUAGGUUUGUCGCAGUAGAAGCUGCUGCUUUAUGCUCAUGGCUGUCGACUGGAUUGGGUUCAGCUAUGCUGCUCUGGUGUCGGCAGGAGGGGUCGUGGGUUAUGUGAAAGCAGGCAGUGUCACCUCUCUGGUCGCAGGGCUCCUGUUUGGCGUGCUGGCUGCGGUGGGUGCUUAUCUGACAUCUAAAAACCCCAGGAAUGUGUGGCUUUCAGCAGGCACUGCAGGAACUCUCUGUGUGGUGAUGGGACUGAGAUUUCUCGGCUCCUGGAAGUUCAUGCCAGCUGGUUUGAUGACUUUAUUGAGUUUGCUGGUAUUGAUGAAGACCUUCACCAGAAUGGGAAAGACACAAUCACACAAAUCUUGAGCUAAAAAAAGUGUUUUCAGAUUCCGCUGGAAAGCCGAGAGACUGCUGCGCUACCGGCGGCUGCUGUAUUUGGCGGUCCAGUCUACUCGUCCGGUCACUGGCUGAAAGUUUGAGCUCCUGGAGAGGCUGGUCUUCGCUGGAGUGCUGGUGAUGAAUCCAAAGACCUGAGAAUUCAGUUUCCUGCUUUUCCAUCCUUCAUACUCUGAAAUCAACACAAAAAGCACAAGAUAAUGUCAAAUAGCUUACACCGUUUUUUAUUCAGUGUGUGCUGCUCUUUUUGUCUUACCUUCAUUUGAGGAUGCCAGCUUGUUUAAGGUUUUGCUUUUCAAUGGUUUGGUUUGCGGCUCCACUCUCAGAUCAGCAGCAGACGACAGAUUGACUGAAAGAUUCGAAAAAAAGCUGAGUUUAGAGGACGGAUACGCCGCCUUUUCCGCUGAUGCGUCAGUGCCUUAUAAUAAAAUUCCAAAUUUCUUCACGUUUAGGAAGAUAACCUCUGGUUGAGAAACAAUUUACACAACAGGCAUGACUGUAUUGCAUAUUAUUGUGCAAAAGUCUUGAGCCACCCUUCAUUCCUUUAUAUUUGGCUCGGAAAAUUUGAACUAAGUGCAACGAUUUAAUGGAACGUGCAGAUGUAAAGGCAACAGCAAUUACAGCAAAAACAAAAACUGGUUAGUGAAAAAUUAGAUUUUAUGCAUGUCGAACUGUGUUAUCAUUUUUUGUAGACUCAACUAAAGAAGUGUGUUUUUGCAACAGGUCGCUAGUAACAAAGCACCUGAAAAUGCUCAGUUGUCUGUUAUGUGUAGAUGCAACAUUGGUUCAAGAAGCCAGUGACCAAAGCAAAACUAUGAGAGACCUUCAGAAUGCCUGGAGAAGUAUUGCUCAAGACCGCUUUAAAAAUUACAAGAAAGUCUGGCUCCUUGGUAGCAAUGUAUAAAGAAAAGAGUGGUGACUCAACACUUGCACAGUACUGUACAUGCCUGUGAGCCAGAUGCAAUAAAUUCCCCUUCACAGUUGAGUAAAAACACUUAAACUUACAGUUGAAUUAAUCAAA